AUGUCAUCUGCUCGCAGGUCCGGCCGCCUCAAAGGCCCGCGGACAACUUACACGACUGAUCCCUUUGAGUCAGCGGGGAUAAGUGACGAUUCUGGAUCAGAGGAACAGCAGAAAACGAAGACUGAAAGGUCCAAGCCAGCACUUGAUCAAGAUUCUGGUUCAGAUGACGAGUUCCUUGCUGAAGAGGCGAACGAGCAUGAGGAAGAGGAGGAGGAAGAAGAAGACGAAGAAGACGACGAGGAAGCAUACAGUGAUGAUGAAACGCCCAAGAAGCAAACUUCCAAAGCUUCCAGAAGAGCUGGAAGGUCGGAUUACUCAGGCCCCGAUGAACCUGGUAGCUCUGCUCCCACGACACCAAGAACACGGAACGAGAAACCCCAAUUCAGUUCCGCGAAAAGUCGCCAGAAAAUUCUUGAAAGCAGUGGCAGUAGCCCCAAAGCCCGAGUUCCUGCUGCUGAAUCCCGCUUCAGGGGCUGCAAUGAUGUUAAAGAAAAUGAAUCCAAGCCUAUGCACUACAUGUCGACCUUUGGUGACGAUACACGAGAUCUCCUCGCCGCCGUGUAUGCACGUGAUCGAUGGGCCCGAGGGGUGGACACUUGCCUGCCUACGAGAUAUACUCUAGACCAUCAGAAUCCGCUGAACGAGUAUGAGUUCGGGCCAACUUGGGGCGUUGCUCCGGAAGAUGUCGAGCGUGAGCGUACAUCUGGCUGGGAUUGGUACUACGAUGCUGUGAUUGGACAGAAUUUUCAGCGAGCACAGAAAAUGGGACCCAAGCUCAGCGAGACCGAAGCUCGGCGAAAGUACUUGCCGCAUGCGAGAAAAGGAAAACAUACCGUGCUCGUGGGUCCUGCCAACCAUCAGAAAGCCUUUCACCUGGGCCACCAUGAGUCCAUGAAUUUCGGCGAGGCCUGGGCUGAUGUCAAGGCCCAGAAGAGUGAUCGAGUCAAUGCCAAUGUUCGUGAGGGCUGGCUGAUUAGUUUUGAGCAAAAGAUCCAGUGCUUGGCUUGGGCUCCUUGCCAGGAAGGCUUAUCCCAGUACUUGGCUGUGGUCACGCCCAUAAGGGCAAAUCAAAAAGAGGACGAUCCCUCUCACAACGAAGAGCCUUUUUCUCCGUUUCGAGAAACGCCUUCAUAUCCCUGCGCACUCCAGCUAUGGGAGUUCCUGGGUGAACAUGCGGGACCCGUCACCCGUACGCUUGAUAUGAAAACUAAGCCGCGGCUUCGAUUACUCGUGUGUACUGAGUGGGGGGACUUGCGCCGCAUCGCUUGGUGUCCCAUGGGACGAGCCAAACGAGAUGCUGACGAACAGAACGGGACCAAAUUCGUCGGCUUGUUGGCUGGAAUAUGGGGUGAUGGAAAGAUGAGGGUGUUGGACAUCAAGUUGAGCCAGGGGGAGGCCACUGAAUUUGUUGCCAUUCAAUCACCCGCAUUUGAGGCAAAGGUGCCUUCCAACGUCUCCACAUGUCUGACCUGGCUCUCCCCGACUGACAUUGCCGUGGGAUGCUCUGAUGGCUUUGUUGCGGUCUGGAGCAUACUACCCACAGAUGGCACUGAGCCUGCUCCCUACGUUUACAAACCCAUUCACACGUCAUAUGUGCUAAGUAUAACUUCGGCGUAUCCGACCAAUCCUCAUCUUAUUAUCACCACGUCCAUAGAUGGCGAAACGCGGUUGUGGUCCAUGGUUGAUUCGGAGAGCGAAAAUACAGCGCCUGUGCGCCAGCGGCAGGCCCCUGGUCAGAUCAGCUAUUCUCCCAUCCUCCAGGCCGUGUGCUCCUAUGAUGAGAAUGAUUUCGGCCGAUUCAUGCCGCUUCGUCGCUUUUUCGCAACUCACUCUGCUGGACGGAUGCCAAGCUCAGUCACCAGCAUGGCACCUUGCAGCUUUUUCCAUCCCUCUUUUCUAUUUGGUACUGCAAGUGGCGAAGUUGUAGCAGCGAAUCCACUUCGACGGCUGCUCUACAGCAAGGAGCAACAUUGGCAACAGACAUGGUUCUCUCACGACUGGGCGCCAGGCACUGACAAGAAUAGUUCGGGAGCGAGCCGCUUCUUUGACGGGUUCCGUGCUGAGACUCAGAGCUUAGCCCGAAACUUGGCCGGUGACAAGCGACCCCAGAUUGGUUCUUAUCUCACAACAAUCCAUGAUGAGCAAACGCAUGUCACUUCCUUGGCUUGGAACCCGAACCGCUCCACCGCCGGCUGGGCCUGCGCUGGGAUGGGAUGUGGCAUCGUACGCGUGGAGGAUCUGGCUAUCUAG